UGCCUGUGCUGUGGCUUAAAAAGUUCAAGUCAUUAUUCUCCUCCUGCUUCUAUUCAGACGGGGUCCCGUUGGCUCAUUGUUAUUCUGCCCGAGUGACAGAGAGAGAGGCAGAGGGAGGCGGACACUGAGCGCGAGGCUGACUGUUCUGGGAGCUGCUUGUUCUGGGCGGGGGUUUGUGGUCUGUGGUCGGUUUUUCUGCGGGCGUGAAGGCAUGUUGGUAAUCGGCUCAGUAAUGAGGAGAGGUACUGAACGGCACCAAAUAUCUGACCCCGAUUUCUGGGAGUAAAGAGAGGCAGAAAGAGGGAGGAAGUGUGUGUGUGAGAGAGAGAGGGGGGAGAAAAAAGGUAGAGAAAAGAGAAAGAGAGAGAGAGGGCCAUGUGAAAAAGGGGUGGAGGGGAGGCUGAGAUUUAGUGCUCUGUUGGAUGAAACAACCCCCCACUAACUAACGGAGAGGGAAAGUAGCCUAAUAGGAAGAAAGGAGGGGGUGUUGUAGUCUUCAUUUAACACUCAAAGACUCACAGGAAGCCUCUAUCACUCUCCACAAUGACAUCUGAAAAGUGGACUGCUGUUUGCUGUAAAGAGUAGGACCCUGAAAAACAAGAACAGAAAACAAAUCAAACAUACUAAGUGGCCGGUCAGAAGAAGAAGCAAAAUGUCUCGAACAGAAGAAGUUAACAAGAUGACAGAAAAUGUCUACAAGGGGAUUCUGGACCAGUUUAAUCCCAGUCUGAAGAACUUUGUGACUAUGGGGAAACACUAUGAGAGAGCACUGACAGGGGUUACUGUGGCUGCCAAGGGCUACUUUGACGCUCUGGUGAAACUGGGAGAACUGGCGAGCGACAGCCAAGGCUCCAAAGAGCUCGGUGACACACUGUUUCAGAUGGCUGAGGUUCACAGACAGAUACAGGUGCAGCUAGAGGAUGUGUUGAAGCUGUUUCACUCUGAGCUGCUCGCUCAGCUGGAGCAGAAGCUGGAACUGGAUAUUAAAUACCUCACAGCCACUCUGAAGAAGUAUCAAAGUGAGCGGAGAUCUAAAUCGGAGUCUAUCGAGCGCUGCCAGUCUCAGCUGAAGAAACUCCGCAGGAAGAGCCAAGGCAGUCGACAUCCGAACAAAUAUGGAGACAGAGAAAUGCAGUUUGUGGAGUUGAUGAGUCGUCGUCAAGGAGAGCUGGACGCGCUGGUGGCCACAGGUUACAAGUCUGCCCUCACCGAGGAAAGGAGACGAUACUGCUUCCUAGUUGACAGACAGUGUUGUGUAACCAAACUGCUCAUCAACUACCACUCCAAGGUGAGAGAGCUCCUGUCACAGAAACUGUCAUCAUGGCAGCUGUCGUGUUCUCUGCCCACAAAACUACCAGAGCGAGCUCUGAAUCUGCUGCGUCACACUGCGCCUCAAAGCUCAGGGGCUGCUGGGAUAGCUGAGGUCCUCCGCCACACCAAGCUGGGCUCCACUCAGCCAGAACAGAGGCUCUCUCUUCUAGAGAUCCCCACUAUGUUAAAUGGAGACUCCAGUCGCUCCCAGCAGCAACGCCAGCUCCCUUCCUCCUCCCAGAGUGAAACCUGUCCUCCUCAGGGCUCCCCUCAGACUUUCUGCUCUCUCUCCUCUGGAGGAGCUGCUGGAGGUUCAUCCCAGGGAGCGUCUCCUCAGCACAGCAGCACUCCUCUUAAUACAUCAGUCAGCCUCCUCCCUGAAAGCGGCACCAGCGGCAGCGCCAGUCCCGCAGCAUCCACUCCCACCCCGUCCAGCAUCUCUGCCCUGCAAGGCACCCUCCUCCUGACCACCAACACAUCUAACCUCUCCCCGUGCCUCAUCCCUUCCACUAUGAUGUCGCUCAGCCAGAUCUCCCCACCAGGCAGCUCCUUGCAGGGCAUGACCCUACCUAUCACCCACAGUGCUCCCCACAGUCCUCCACUGCCCCACAGUGCUCCUCUCUCCAGGGCCAUGACUCCUGUGCAGCUUCUGCACCAACAGGUGGGACCAGGAGGGAGCAACACUUCAUCACCUUCACAUAACCCCAGGCUGCUGAAGGCCUCCGACAUGAGUGCAACAGCAACACUUCCUCUGCCUCGGAGACCCAACAGUGAAAUGAGACUGGGAGGCCUUCAAGGCGCCACUCUCCCCAGGAUUAUGCCUUUAUCUGGACCUACACGUGUGGAAGCCAUGUUUGCCCACUCUCCUGGGGAGUCAGAAGGCAUGGGGGGAGGUGGGGGCGGAGCUUGUUUACUACACUUCCAGCAGGGUGACAGCAUCUCUCUGCUCAUCUCUGAGCCCAGAGAUGGGUGGCACUAUGGUCAAAAUGAACGAACUGGACGGAAAGGCUGGUUCCCUUUCUCCUACACUCAGCCACAGCAUAGUAUGAUGGAUCACCUCGAGAGCUCCCUCUUCCUUUCUAAGGCUAACAGCACCAGUACAGGCCAGCUCGACAAGCUGGGUACUCAGGCUACCGCAGCCCUCACCCCAGAGUCAGAGGAGGAGCGCUCUCUUCCUCCACAGAGGGUCAGCACCUUCCGCCCACGCCCAUACAGCAUGGCUGACAGCAACAGGAUCGCUGCGGCAUUGGCCUCUCCACCACCUUCUCCAACCAGAAUCAAUCCCUUUGCUCACAUCCGACUCAGAAAAACUGUCACCAACGAUCGCUCUGCCCCUAUCAUUGAGUGAACAGUUAUUUUUCCACACAGCAGCAGCAAUCGUGUGUUCUGUGGUUUGUCAAUUCUUCAAACAUCAGGUUGAAUCCUGGAAACAAACCACCGGUUUAUGUCGAUGUUUUUUGGGGAUGAUGAGUUUCUUUUUUCUUUUUUUGCAAAUUAAUAAAGUAUAGAUUGUGUUUCUUGAUAAAUAUGUUAAAUCAGGUAUAAAAAGUUUAUAUGUUAAGAUCUGUUAUAAAUGUGAUUUCAGUCCAUUUAAGUUUGGGAUAAUUAUGGAAAAUGUUAAAAACAAAACAAAACUAUAAUAUUUGAAAAUAUCUGAGAAUUGUGUGCAAAAAAUAAAAGGUAGUUUUUAAGAAACCUAAGUUGUGAUGUUAGGUUGUACUUAGCUUAGAGUAUGAGGUCUCGUUUACUUGUCAAGAAUAACUAACAUUGUCAGGUAUAUGAAAGAUGCCUCUGACUUAUUUUACUGUGCAAUUCAACAUAACCUUUGAUCUAAUUUUUUGGUUGUUUAUUGUGCCAUAUUCAUAACUGUUUUCUUUGCGUGGUUGAUUUAGGGACUGGUUCCUCAUAGCGGGUUGUGAACUUUUACUGUAACAAAGUGUUAUGGGAAGAGGGCAGGCUCCUACUCUAAAAGUGCUAUAAAAAUGUUCUAUUUUUAGAAAUACUGCCAGAUUGUUGAAUUUUCUUGGUUUCAAUGAAGUUAAGGUUUUGCAUUUAUUUCAAGUGUCUUUUCUAUUACAAAAAGUGUUUUUUGUUUAAGAGAGACUUGGUAAAUGAUACUGAAAUUGGCCAUAAAAGUUAUUUUUGAGCUGUUUCUACUAAAGAAUUAAUGAGCAUGGGCAAAGCUGUUCAUGUGUUUGAGUCCCUGUUGGUUAUAUCUUUCUGUUAAUUCCAGGUAACAUGACACAUUCUGCUGCUGUAACUUUACAUUCAAGUGUUCUUUGUUUGUAAUUCUUUUUUAUGAUUUAAAUCUGUAUUGGCCUCAAAAAAAAAUUAUGAAAACAAAUUCUAACUUUGAUUUUUAAAAUAAUUGAUCAAUGAGAGUUGUAGACUCUCAGAUGAUUUUUUUUUAACAAAGGAAGUCAUACAACAAAGCUUCUGAGAUCCACAGAAACAAACUUUGACAAUUAACAGAUGAACAUUUAGAUGAUGGUGUUUUUGAAAGAAGUUUUUAUUCCAGAAAGUUGAUUAUUGUUGAGGGUUUCAAAGUGUGAAGUAUGAAAGUUUUGCCAGAUUAGUCUUUGGAUUUGAUGUCUUCUUGAUUCCUUUUCAGUCCCAAAUCUUAAGCUAGACAACAUCUAGGCUAGUUGUUUGUAGCUGUAUGUUUACCAAUCAGACUGAGCAGAAUCUUAAAGAGGGAUGUGAAAGCCAGGGCAGACGACAGGAUUUUUUUAAUAGGGAGAAAUGUGAUGAUGAAAGUGAUGAUGAAAGCAUACCAGAAAGUUGACCAACGUCUGAGCAAGUGUUUAUGGUAAACUAGAAAUAUCCAAAGUAAUACUCUAUAGCUCUAUAGUUAUUUUUAGAGAAGUGUUUUAAAGAUAAAACUCUGUAUGUUUAAAAACUGAAAUGGUUUAUGUUCUUGUUGUAAUUACUUUGAGCUUCUGUGAUCUUGUAGCACCUUGAAGAUUUAAGAUCCCACAGGGGGUUGUAGAAAAUAAUUUCUAACAGCAUUGAUCCUACUUUGAGUAGUAUUGCAUCAUUAAUAAAAGUGACCGUAAAUGCUAGAGCUAAUGCUUCUUCAUGCUUGUUAAUAGUGCAAAAAUGUGCGAUUGUUUGACUUUUAUUUAACUUCUUUUCAGAAAUAAUAUUUCCCUUUGGUAUGACAUUUGGACUUUGCUGACACAGUUAACUCCUAGUUUUCCAUUAACAGUACAACAUGAACAAUUGAACUCAUAAUAAGACCUGUCAGACAGUUACACAGUGAAAAUACACAGUGGCUUUUUUUCAUCUACUUAGGUCUGAAUUUCUUUUUAACUGAGACCAUUGUUUCAUGUAGACCAAAGCUAGGAGGAACUGUUGUCUGUUGUAUUGAACCAUUCAAAGCAGAAUGAGUUUAAGCUGAGUUUUGUGCAAGUGUCUGUAGUGAAUUAACAAGAAUGUAAAAAUUAGGCAGUAGAUGAAAUUGAUUAAUCUUGAAGCAAAUGUAAAAGAGAAAUAGAUCUAGUGAAACAUUUUUUUUAACAAAAAACAGCACGUUUAACACAUCUAAAAAUGUUAUAUUUGACACCUAACGAAUGGUAAAAUCAUAAGUAAAUUAACCGCUAGUCUUCAAUAUUUUGUGUACAGAAAGUAUGUUUAUUAUAAGUGCAUUUUAUGCAGACCUCUCAUCGCAGCUUCAGAUGGAGACACUGUGUGUACAGCUGAAUGUACUAUACAAAACUGUCUUAACUACUUGAUUAUGGAAGAACUGCCACUGAAAACCGGAUACCAACCAAAGUCCAAAACUCCUCUGCCAUAGUGAAAUAUUGUUACUACAUUGCACACACAUCUUACACAGUUCCACAGUUCUGUGGAACAAAAACAAAGCAAUUUAAAUGGACGCUCAGUCCGUUCUCUAAGCUACAUCAACAUGAAAUCCUGCUGACUCAGAAGACAUUUUAUUGUAGUGAUGAACACUUUCAUCUGAAACACUGAAUAUUGAUGUGAUGUGAAAUAAAAGUUCUAUGAAGGAAA